UCAGUGCAGCCCGAGAGCACUUGCCGUACGUGCCAGUGACCGAGCGACGAUCCGAGAGACACUCCGAAGCUCACCUUACCCGGGCACCCGACCGGACGACCCAUGGACUCGUUCUGCGUCGUCAGCAUGCCCGCCACGGCGCCGGCGGCGGAGGUCGCGGCGCAGAUGGCGGACGCCACGGCGGCCGGGCACGACGGCGCGAAGCUACGGCGUGCCCUGAUCGCCGGCGGCUCCGCCAAGGCCGCGGCCGCGCUCCUCCUCGCUCUCUCCUCCAGGUCAUCCCCGCCGGCCGGCGGCGUGUUCCACCGCGGCGGCGGUACCACGCUGCUGCUCUGCGCCUACUACGGGGUGCUCGCCGCCGUCGCGCUCUUCGGCGGCGUCGAGGUGGCCGUGGGGUUCUGGGUCGCGGGGGACCCGGACCGCCGCCGCGGCUGGGGGAGGCGGGUCAUCUGGGUGUCCGUUGUUCCACUGGUCAUCGUCGCCGGACUGGGCGGUUUCGCCGUGCUGAAGUGAAGUACAGCUGCUGUGCCUGUGCGCUUGGCUUUGGGUUUGUCGUCGGUUUGAUGAAUGCACCUUCCGUUGCUUCCAUGCUAAAAAUUUGGUGUACAAAUAAGGUUUGGUUCGGAAAUGGAGAAGGCGUUUUCUGAAUUCAGCACCUCUGAAUACUGAGAUGCAUGCUAGCACACAGUAACACUGAAUUUCAUCAGGCCAGGAGGUGAGCUG